UGCUCCCUGCAUUGUGCUGUUACUGAGACCAGUGACACAUGUUAGUGGCCACAUAUAGCCAUUCACACAGGAUCUGAGCUUCAGUGUGCAGUGUGCAUCAGGUCAUGUCUUGUUUACAGCAAUCAAAGACACAAGGACAGAUCUGUGACGCAUGCUGAUAACUUUUCGCUGAUAGCAUAAAGUGUGUUAGCAAGGCAGCUGUUCAAGAGAACAUGCACACAAUCAAACCAGUUUGUUAGUAACAACUGAUUAUAAAUAUAUUCAUCUCAAAACAAUAUUUUAACCAAUGAGAAAUUUCUACAAAAUAUCCACCUUCGGCAGCCUUAUCACCCUGGCUGUGUCCAAAAUCAUACUCUGGUACAUGUUUGAGUAAACAAUUCCCUAGUAUCUGUUAAAAAAGUUAAACAGUCAGUUUAAAUAAGUUUCCUAGAAUAGGAAUGUGUGUAGUUUGACUGUUAUCUGGACGCACUACAUCCGCCAUACUGUGUUGCUUCUCUCUCAUUCUCAAAUCUUCUUCUAUUGGCCUCAUAGAAUCUUAAAAACACAUACUACUUUCUUCACAUACUGUUUUUCUAUAUAAUAGUGAAGUGUGCAAUGUCAGAUGUUCUCCAUCUUACCAUCUAACUAUAGUUCAACAUUUCUUAAAUGUAAAUUAUUACUGUUCUUUGAAUAUCCCAGCAGUCAUAGGGGGGUCUAAUCCAGCUCGACAUCAGCUCCUGUAUUGCCGUGUUGGGAUUGGCUUCCACCUUCAGAUUGUGAUGAACGGCAGUGUUUGGGGCGUUCACGAGCCUUCUGAGUACAGCUUGCUGAGAGUGUUUGCUGUCAGGCCAGGCAUAGUGGGUAUCUGUGGUGUGAAGAGCGAGCGAUAUUUGUGCAUGAAUCCGGAGGGAAUCGCACAGGGAAUGAAGAAGUUCUCAAACGAAUGCCUGUUUAAAGAGCACAUGGAGAAGAAUCAUUACAACACAUACUCCUCCGUCAGCACAGGAUUCUUCCUGGCUUUGUCGCAGCAAGGCCAGCUGAGGAAAGGGAAAAAAGUGGGCCGGCACCAGGCAUGCACUCACUUUUUGCCUCGCAAACCCUUAUCUCAUUAAACUUUUUAUUCUGAACAGUGACAAUGUGACGUGACAUACAGCCAAGUAUGAUGACCCAUAUUCAGAAUUCAUGCUCUGCAUUUAACCCAUACAAAGUACACACACACACACACACACACUGUGAACACACACCCAGAGCAGUGGGCAGCCAUUUAUGCUGCGGUGCCCGGGGAGCAGUUGAGGGUUGCUUGCUCAAGGGCACCUGUUGUGGUACAGCCGACCUGAGACUCAAACCAACAACCUUAGGGUUAAGAGUCAAACUUUCUAGCCACGAGGCCAUGACCUCCCCACAAACAGGACCAUCCCUAGGGUGAUGCAGCUGCUGCAGUCGCAGCGAGAGAUCAUCCCUGUGACCUUUACUCUUAUUUUUGCAAACUGAAAAUGCCACAGAAUUCUGAUGAAGGGUGAAAUACGUCUGUGAGUUGUGCACAGACGUAUGUAAUAUGCGUUUAUAAUGAAUCUGUAAAUAUGUACAUAUUUAUUUAUUUGUCUCUACUGUGUGUAUAGUUUAAUAAUGAAUGAGAUAUACAUUUA